AUGAGUGAAAGCGAAGUAGAGAGUAUAUUAGUAAGAUAUAUAAGAUUAAUAAAUAGUCAGAGGAUGUUGAAAAAGAUGAAGAAUAGGAGUAUGCAUAAAGAGAAGUAUUAUAAAUUUAGUAUAAUUCAAUAGCUAUUACGAAUAGAUGAUUUAAAGAGAGAACAAGAAAAGUUUUAAUAUAAACUAAGUUGUGAAAAGCCAGGGAGAAAGGAGAGUACUUUAAAAGAAGAAAUAUAAGAUUAAUAGGUAAGUGAUAAAUUAUCAACAUUAUUUGAUGAAGUGGAAGAGGAGAUGGAUAAUUUGAUUUCAAAAGCUUAGUAAUAUGUGUAAUACUUAAAUAAAAAGUAAGGGGAAGAAAAUAGUAGUUUACCAAAUACGUAUUUGAAGACUUAACCAAGUAUAAUGAGAAAGGGAAAAUUAACGGAGCAUUAACUCUAAGGAUUGAAUUGGUUGAUAGGAAUGUAGGAAGCAGGAUUAAAUGGUAUAUUAGCAGAUUAAAUGGGUUUGGGGAAGACUAUAUAGACAAUUGCACUUUUUGGCUUCAUGAAAUAGUUCAAAAAUAUUAGUGGACCCCAUUUAAUAGUAGGUCCAUUAAGUACAAUAUCUAAUUGGGAAAGAGAACUUUCAGAGUGGUUACCAAAAUGUAGAGUAUUGAAGAUGAUGGCAACAUAGGAAUGGAGAAAUGAUUUCAGUAAGUAUUAACAUAAGAAGAAGGAUUAUGAUGUAAUUAUAUCAUCUUAUGAAUGUGUAAUUAAUAAUGAAAGAAUACUUAAUAAAUAUAGAUUUGAGUAUUUAGUUAUAGAUGAGGCACAUAAAUUAAAGAAUGAAGAAAGUUAAUUCUUUACAACAUUGAAAAGACUUAGUUCUAGGUUUAGAUUAUUAUUGACAGGAACUCCAUUAUAAAAUAAUCCUCAUGAAUUAUGGAGUUUAUUGAAUUACUUGAUGCCUUAAUUAUUUGCAUCAAGUAAUGCAUUUGAUUAAUGGUUCUAUAUUAAUAAACUUAUAUCUGAAAAAGAAAUCUUAUAAGAAAAAUAUGAGAAAAGGAAUUUAAAUAUGAUAGAGAAAGCUAAAUCAAUAAUUUAAACAUUUAUGUUAAGAAGAACUAAAUAAGAAGUGGAUUUGGGUAUUCCACCUAAAAAGGAAAUCCAUAUUUAUGUUUAAUUAACACCCUUAUAAAAGACUCAUUAUAGAGAUAUUAUUUUAAAUAAAAAAAUUGUUGGAUUAACAUCCUAAAAAUCAUUAGUGAAUAUAUUAAUUUAAUUGAGAAAAAUCUGUUAACAUUUAUACAUGUUUCCAGAAUUAGAAGAUAGAGAUUUACCAUCUUUAGGAGAACAUUUAAUUGAGAACUCAGGAAAACUCAAAGUAUUAGAUAUGUUUUUGAAGAAAUUAUAAAAUGAAAAUCAUAAAGUCAUAUUAUUCUCUUAAUUUACAUCUUUAUUAGAUAUUUUAGAAGAUUAUUUAAAUUAUAGAAAAUAUAAAUAUUGUAGAUUAGAUGGUAAUACACCAAUUGAAGUAAGGGAUGAAAAUAUUAGGAAUUUUCAGAAACCAGAUUCAGAUUUAUUCAUAUUUUUAUUAUCUACUAGAGCUGGAGGUUUAGGAAUUAAUUUAACUGCAGCAGAUACUGUUAUUAUUUAUGAUAGUGAUUUUAAUCCUUAAUUAGAUCAAUAAGCUAUGGAUAGAGCUCAUAGAAUUGGAUAAACUAAAAAUGUUAUGGUUUAUAGAUUGAUAUGUAAAUCUACUGUUGAAGAAAAGAUUAUUGAAAGAUAAUAAAUUAAAUUAAGAUGGGAGUAAAUGGUUAUUGAUAAAGGACAUUCUUAAAUGGUUGGAAUUAUGAAUAAAAAAGAAGAUUUAAAAAGUAUUGCUACUUAUGGAGCUAGUUAAAUUUUGAAAGAUGAACCAUAUACUGAAGAAGAUAUUGAAACACUAUUGAAAAGAGGAGAAGAACUUACAGAAUAAUUAAAUUAAUAAAUUGAUAAAAAAUUUAAAGUUAUCUAAGAUAAAAUUGAAAAAGUAGAAUUAGGAGUUAAAACUAUUAAAGUUUUUGAUUUCUUUAAAGAUCCAAAUAAUGAAAAAGAUAUUUAAGUAAUUGAAUAAUAAAUCAAAUUAAAUUAAGUCAGUAAAUAAGUUGAAUAAUCAAAUAAAGGUGAAAUAUUGCCAUUAUUUUCUAAAUUAUGUACCGAAGUUCAAGUUGAAGAAUAUAAAUUCUACUCUGAUCCAUAAUUGUAUAAAGAAUUGAUGUAAAGAGAUGAAAAUGCUAAACUUUAUGAAUUAUACAAAUAAAAAUAGCUAUUUUUUUAAUUGGAUAUAGAUAUUCUGCCUCUAACAUAAAUGGAAGAGAAAUAAUUAAACAAAUUAAAAUAAAGUGCUUUUGAAUGGACUGAUAAAGAAUUUGAUGUCUUUUUACAAUCUUGUAUCAAAUAUGGUAGAUAAGAUAUUAUCAAUAUAUCUAACAAUUUGGGUAAAACCCAUAAAGAAGUUUAAUAAUAUAUGAAAGUAUUUAAUUAGAGAUAUGAAGAAAUUCCAGAUAUUAAUAAAUAUAUGACAAAAAUUGAAAAGACUGAAUAAUAAAUAGAAUAAGAAUAAGAGUAUUCAGAUCUUUUAAUUCAAUUUGUCAAAAUUUAUGAAGAUCCUUUACUUGAAAUGAAUUUUAACUAAGUUUAUAAAUAAACCUAAUUCACUUUAGAAAGUGAUCAACUUAUAGUGUAUGCAACAUAUAUAGAAGGAUUUGGAAAAUGGGAUUUGAUCUAAAAAUAUAUUUAAAAUCAUGAAUUGAGCUUUUUUGAUAAUUUUUUAAGGUAUAAUGAUAUUAUUUAUUUUUAAUAGAUCAUUAACUAAAAAAUCAAUAAAAUUAAGAUUGCUGUUAUUAUUAAAGAGUAUAAAAAAAAUAGUUGAUUCUAGAAAUAAAAAAGCUAAGAAAUCUGAAUAAAUGAAAUCUAAGUAAGUUGAAGAAGCUAAAGAGUCAGACAGUAUAAGAUAAUCAAAUUCAAGAUCAAAUUCAAAAAGUAAGAAGAAAAAAUAAAGUAAAUCAGUAAAGAAAAUCACAUAAUCAAAAAAAAAGAGAACUAAGAGUCCCAAGCCUAUAAGUAAUGUAAAAUCUAAAUCAAUUGAUCAAUCCAUAAAAGAAAUGGGGAAAUCACUACUGAAAAAAUGA